UUUCGGUCCGCCGCGGCUCCCUAUGUCACUACAAAGCUCCGCCCUGCGUGAAAAGCAGCACUAGUUUUAUGGAUUCGGCGGUUACAGAUGUUGAUGACGGUUGCAAGAAGGAAGUUAGUUCGGUAACUUCUGUUGGUGUUGUAACAUCAGAGACGAUGGAGCCGUUGAAAGUAAAGCACAACUUGACCGAAGAAUCGAUCUUGAAGAAAUCACCCUUAACAUACUUCUUGGAGAAAUUGUACAAUGAAAAUUCAUUAUGGAGCACAACAACUGUUGGUAAUGAAAAAGGAAGAGAACGAGUUUAUGACACUAUCUUCCGCUUGCCAUGGAGAUGUGAAUUGCUUAUAGAUGUUGGCUUCUUUGUCUGCUUCAAUUCAUUUCUAUCAUUGUUUACUGUGGUACCAACAAGGGUAGUUAUGACAUCUUGGAAGCUUCUGAAAACAAGGAAGUUCAAGAGGCCGUCUACAAUUGAAUUGUCAGAUUUGGGCUGUUUUGUUAUUAUGGCUUGUGGAGUCACUGUUUUGCAGCAAAUAGAUAUCAGCUUAAUAUAUCAUAUAAUCCGUGGUCAAGCAACAAUCAAAUUGUAUGUGAUCUACAAUGUAUUAGAGAUAUUCGAUAAAAUAUGUCAAAGUUUUAAUGGGGAUGUGUUGCAAAUGUUAUUUCAUUCAGCAGAAGGACUAGCAAGAUGUCCCCCUGAAAUGCCAAGUAUGAGAUUCUGGAUAUGGAGAUUUAUUUCUGACCAAGUUUUAGCUGUUGUUGCAACAAAUAUCCUUUUCUUUAGGACUAUACUACCUCCGGUACCUUAUAUAAGGAGAAGAAAAAAAAUCAACAAGGCCAAGGCAAUCACUUUAUCAGCCUGCAUUGUUGCUCACUACAAUGCACUGCCAGCUUUGCUGGUAUCGAAUAAUUUUUCUGAGAUCAAAAGCUAUGUGUUUAAGGGAUACAAUAAGGAUAAUGUUCACAGUAUGGUGUACUCUGAUUCCAUAGAGAGAUUCCACAUCUCAGCAUUUAUCUUAUUUGUUUUGGCUCAAAAUAUUCUGGAGGCAGAAGGCCCCUGGUUUCAAAGCUUUCUCAUUGAUAUGCUUUUGGUUUAUCUAUGUGAAGUGGCUAUUGAUAUUAUCAAGCAUUCAUUCAUUGCCAAAUUCAAUAACAUUACUCCCAUUGCGUACUCUGAGUUCCUUGAAGAUUUAUGUAAACAGACUCUACAUAUGCAAACUGAGGAUGUAAAGAAAAAUUUGAAAUUUGUCCCUCUUGCUCCAGCAUGUGUGGUCAUCCGAGUUCUGGCUCCGGUAUAUGCUGCUAAUCUUCCUUGCAGUCUCCUUCUGUGGCAGUUUUUUUGGAUUAUACUAUUUUCAGCAAUAACCUACAUUUUACUCACAAGCCUCAAGAUUCUAAUUGGCUUGGUUCUAAAGAAACAUGCCACUUGGUAUGUUAAUCGCUGUCAAAGGAGGAAGCAUCAUCUUCAUCCAGAUUAAUUCAGGGACCUUCUGUUAAUUUGAUGCUCUGUGCUUUUAAAAGAUUCCUUUGCUUGUGCCUGAAGAUUACUUACAGAAAGAACUUCAUAAGAUAACUUAUUGAUUUGGGGUCACCAUAAGAACUUGGCAAGUAUGGUUGGAAACAGCUUUAAGUUCAUCCAGAAGGUUUUUAAACUUGCAGGUGAGCCAGAGCCUAGUGGGUGGUAGUUCCUCAUUUGCAGUUUUGUUACCAGUGAACAGUUUUUUUUUUUCCAAAAUGAAGAACAUGAAAUUUCGGGUUGUGCAUUAUUGAUGGCAUCCAUUUGGACUUCCAACACCAUGAAAAUACAGAAACUUUAUAAUCUAUGUGUUGUAUUAUGGUUAUAAUUAUGUAAGAAUUCUUUGAACAUUAAAGCAUGUGCAAUAUGGCAAAUUGAGAAGAAAGCUAUUGUUGCUUUUGGGAGAAUGUCUGUUUGGUGGCAUGGUAUUGAAAAUAUACACGCUAUAUAACUCUUGGUGAUGGGGCCUGAGCUUUGAUUCUUGGAAUAACUAAGGAAAGGUACACAGUUUUGUUGUGUGUGUGAUGAUAAAAUCUCAGUGAUAGCAUUCUCAAAAUCAGUGUCAACCCUAUGGGAGCAGGUUCAAAGAUGGGCAGACAUAUGCACGUGUUUACCUGUGUUUGGUUAAGCAGUAGGCAACCACUACCGUGAGUAACACUCUCAUCACCGCAAUUUUUAAAAGCUGUAACAUGUCAGCACAUACUACAUCUUCAAGUUAUUUCAAUAGCAUGUAUGAGAAAUUUACGUACGAUGUUGCGAUCUUGGAAUAAAUAUUGAUGUUAUGGUUCGAAUGAUAAAAUGUAAUAAAUCAGGUUUAUUUGUGUUAAGAA